CUCUGUUAAAAAUAUAUAUUUUUGUGCUAUGUGAAAAAAGCCGACGCGUUUCUUUUGUGAGAGCUGCAAACAUUAUUUGUGUUUGUCUCUUGUGCCAGUGUGCGUGUGUGUGUGUGUUGUGUGUGUCAAAAUGCGUGAACUGUAAACAAAAAAGUCUUAAAAGCAACUUACUCAAAUUAAAGCCGAGUUUUCUUCAAACAAAAAAAAAUAAAUAUAUAUAUAAGAGUUUGUAUCGCAUAACAAUCGAAAAAUGUUGCAACUGCUGCUGCUUGUUGUACUUGCCACAUUGGGGCAUGGAGCACAGCAGCGUUACGAUCAGACGCCGCUGGACGCCAGCUCCUAUUAUCGCAGCGAAUUGGCUCCGAGUUCCUCCUCCUUGGAUGGGUUUCCACAUCACAAUCGCUGUGAGCCAAUCACGAUCUCGAUCUGCAAGAAUAUUCCGUACAAUAUGACGAUAAUGCCCAAUUUGAUUGGCCACACCAAGCAGGAGGAAGCGGGCCUGGAGGUGCAUCAGUUUGCGCCUCUCGUCAAGAUCGGUUGCAGCGCCGAUCUGCAGUUGUUCCUCUGCUCCUUGUACGUCCCCGUCUGCACCAUCCUUGAACGUCCGAUUCCCCCCUGCCGCUCCCUCUGCGAAUCGGCCCGGGUCUGCGAGACUCUGAUGAAAACCUACAAUUUCAACUGGCCCGAGAAUCUCGAGUGCUCCAAAUUCCCCAUCCAUGGUGGCGAGGAUCUUUGCGUCGCUGAGAACACCACCUCCUCCGGGUCCUCCUCCUCGACUCCGGCGGCGCCCAUUCGCCCAGUGCCCAAGGUGACAUCGCGAAAGCAUCAGAUCAGCGUGGAUAGUCCCCAUCGGAAUAUAGGAUUCGUGUGUCCCGUCCAGCUGAAGACGCCCCUCGGCAUGGGCUACGAGCUGAAAGUGGGCGGCAAGGAUCUGCAUGAUUGUGGCGCCCCGUGUCACGCCAUGUUCUUCCCGGAGCGGGAACGAACGGUGCUGCGUUAUUGGGUCGGAUCCUGGGCAGCUGUCUGUGUGGCCAGUUGUCUCUUUACGGUGCUCACAUUUCUGAUAGACUCAUCGCGUUUUCGUUAUCCGGAGCGUGCGAUUGUCUUUCUGGCCGUUUGCUAUCUGGUCGUCGGCUGUGCCUAUGUGGCCGGACUUGGUGCGGGCGAUUCGGUGUCGUGCCGUGAGCCGUUUCCGCCGCCAGUGAAGCUUGGACGCCUGCAGAUGAUGUCCACCAUAACGCAGGGUCAUCGGCAGACGACCGCGUGCACCGUAUUAUUCAUGGCAUUGUAUUUCUGUUGCAUGGCCGCAUUUGCGUGGUGGUCAUGUUUGGCUUUUGCCUGGUUCCUGGCCGCCGGACUUAAAUGGGGCCACGAGGCAAUUGAAAAUAAAUCUCAUUUAUUCCAUUUGGUUGCCUGGGCGGUGCCCGCACUGCAAACGAUAUCCGUUUUGGCGCUGGCCAAAGUUGAAGGUGACAUUCUCUCUGGCGUGUGUUUUGUGGGACAACUGGACACACACUCUCUGGGCGGCUUUCUAAUACUGCCGCUGUGCAUUUAUCUGUCGAUUGGCGCUCUCUUUCUGUUGGCCGGCUUCAUCUCGCUCUUUCGCAUACGCACCGUGAUGAAGACGGAUGGGAAGCGAACGGAUAAACUGGAGCGGCUCAUGUUGCGCAUUGGCUUCUUCUCGGGCCUGUUCAUACUGCCUGCUUUGGGUUUGCUGGGCUGCCUGUUCUAUGAGUACUACAACUUUGACGAGUGGAUGAUUCAGUGGCAUCGCGACAUUUGCAAGCCAUUCUCCAUACCAUGUCCGGCUGCCCGGGCGCCGGGUACGCCCGAGGCGCGUCCCAUAUUCCAGAUCUAUAUGGUGAAGUAUCUGUGCUCCAUGCUCGUUGGAGUGACGUCCAGCGUGUGGCUCUACUCCAGCAAGACAAUGGUCAGCUGGCGCAACUUUGUGGAGCGACUCCAGGGCAAGGAGCCCCGCACCCGGGCCCAGGCGUAUGUCUAGUAUGAGACGGCGGCGGCGGCGGCUGAGGUGGCGGCUAACGAAAGUUACUUAGCGUUUAGCACGUAGAAUCCUAGAGUCCCCCUCACCCCCAACUCCCCCCGCCAAAUGCACACACACACACAGAGACAUACACUCAAAUAUAUAUGUACUUCAAAACGCAGUCGUAGUUAUAGCUUAACCUCAUACAAGCUUUGUAUAAAGUUCAUCUCUGUCCCUAAUCCACACCCCGAAACAAAAUCAAAACUCUACCCUAAGCUAUUGUUUAAUAUUUAGUUACAUAUAUGAAAGCUAAGCGUGGCUUUCUUUGUUGAACCAAAACUAUGCGCAUAAGUUGAGCAUUUAGUUGAUAAGUGUAUUUUUAGUGGGUCUAGUGCUCUAGUGUUCGAGUAUCCUAAUCCUAGUUGUUAUUGACCCAUCCACUUUUACUGCUCUCGCUUCCCUUUCCGCAGCUGCAAAUGGUAUACGAAUUUUACAAGUGCUUUCCUUUUUUCAGCUUCUUCACAAUUUCACUUUUCAAACGACGCAUUCAAUUUGAACUAGUUUGCAUUUAAGUAGGUUUUUGAACAAUUUUAUUUGAGAAAGCUUUAAAUGUGCCCUACGGUUAAUUAAGCAUGCAUAUAAAUGUGCAAAUUCUUAUUUUUAAGAAUCAGAGCUGAUGUGAAAUUUGACAGCUUCUCAAUGAGCCCCAUUAACAGUCAGUCAGAUUUUCCACACAAAUCAACAAGAUGAUUUUCCACAUCAAAUUCACAUUAUUUAUUUUCGACACCCGCAAUUCUUAAUUCAUUGAAGUUGAAGUUCAAGUCAAAUUUCGCAUCAAACAUAUUAUAAGAAAAUAUUCGUACUAAAUGGGAAAAUAAAGCAAACAAAAAAGAGAGAAAUCCUAGAUAUAAGAUAUAAAAUGCUUGAAACUUAAUUUAAAGCUAAAUGUAAAGUAAAAACCAUAUAUACAUAAAAAUAUAUUUAAUUAUUCAUAUGUAUG